GCCGCCUCCCCGCCCGCCGCCCCGGCCGCAGGCUCCGUGGGGGCCGGGCCGGCGGAGCAGCCCCCGAAGUUCGCGGAGCGGCCGGCGCCGGGGCCAUGUGGCUGCUGUGGCUGCUGCUGGGCUCGGCGGAGAGCCAACUGUUGCCUGGGAAUAAUUUCACCAAUGAAUGCAACAUUCCUGGAAACUUCAUGUGCAGUAAUGGGCGCUGCAUCCCAGGGGCCUGGCAGUGUGACGGGCUGCCAGAUUGCUUCGAUGACAGUGAUGAGAAGGAAUGCCCGAAAGCCAAGUCCAAGUGUGGUGCCACGUUCUUCCCCUGCGCCAGUGGCAUCCACUGCAUCAUCGGCCGCUUCCGGUGCAAUGGCUUUGAGGACUGUCCUGAUGGCAGCGAUGAGGAAAACUGCACAGCAAAUCCCUUGCUUUGUUCUACUGCCCGAUUCCACUGUAAAAAUGGUCUUUGCAUUGAUAAAAGCUUCGUCUGCGACAGUCAAAAUAACUGUCAAGACAACAGUGAUGAAGAAAGCUGUGAAAGCCCUCAAGAGGCAGGCAGCGGACAAGAUUAUGUGACCUCAGAAAAUCAACUCCUCUACUACCCUAGUAUUACGUACGCUAUCAUUGGCAGCUCCGUCAUUUUUGUACUCGUGGUGGCCUUUCUUGCCUUAGUCCUGCAUCACCAGCGAAAACGCAACAAUCUCAUGACCCUGCCGGUGCACCGACUGCAGCACCCCGUCCUGCUGUCCCGGCUGGUGGUCCUCGAUCACCCACACCACUGCAGCGUCACUUACAACGUCAACAAUGGGAUCCAGUACAUGUCCAACCAAGCCUACCACAGGCCAGUGGAUCUGGACUCUCCACCAUCCUAUUCAGAGGCUGUGCUAGACCAAAGCAGACCACCUUGGUUUGACCUUCCUCCACCCCCUUAUUGCUCUGAAUCUGAAUCCCCUAAUCAGCCAGAUCUUCCUCCUUACCGCUCACGGACGGGAAGCUCGGUGAGCACAGACACCCCCGUGGCCGGAAGCCCUCAGGGCACAGACAGCAGUUGGAGAAGAGAUGUCCAUGACAGCAUGGAUGGCCACAGAACUCUUCUUGAGAGGACAACAGAUCAAAGUGAUUCUCUGGUCAACCAUGUUGAUGAAAGAGAAGUGUAACUGCUCCAGUUUGCAUGCCCAUUUGGGAUGGGCAGGAAGGGAUUUACUUUUUCUUGUCUAUAUUGGUUAAUCUGCUGUUUCUAAAAGGUUUCGGGCGGGAAUGUGCCUGAAUGAUGACUUCAUUUGAAACCAUGUUAAGUUAAUUUUUUAAUUCAACAUUUUGGGCUCAUCAAAGACAGAGCUAGAGUCACAUCAGCUCUCCACAGUAUUCUUGCAAGCAGGUUCCAGUUCACAUUAGCAAGAGAAACAGUGCUACCUUGAAGAACUGAUGCGAUAUAUUUCUUGGAAUAUAUACUGUAUAUGAAUGUAUAUAUGUGCAUGUAUAAUGUAUACAGAUGUUGCACACAAAAUCUAUGCCAGAGAGCUCUUGUUUGCAGACUGUCUGCUGUGGUGUGCGAGCCAUUUCUUCCUACUGCCGAGCGCCAACUGGUGGUCGUUGAAGCACGAGAGAGGCAGUCUUUCACCUUGGAGGUCUGAAGCCCAGUCCUAGCCCACUGGCAGUGCUCAAAUUGCAGAAAAUGCUGUAGUUGACCCUUCUCUUCAUGGCCUGGAACAUUCUCACUCUGAAUGUAAUUUUCAAAGUUUAAACUUGUGAGGAUGCAACAGAACAGCUCUCUAACUGAGCAAACAAGCGUGUUUUUUUUUUUUUUUUCCCAGAUGCUAGUAUCAAGGCCAAAUUUGCAUGGACGUCCUCAGGAAAAUCACAAAGGUUGGCUUAUCUGUCAAAUUUCAAGGCUGAGCACAGAGGCACUGAAGCUUCUCAACAAACCGGCGCAAGACUUCUUUUCAAGCAUGGCAAAACAACAUUGCUCCAUGCGUUUCUUCUUGAACAAACAACAACAAAAUACCACACACACACAAAACCCAAAAAACUUUUCCAGCUAGAUCUUAAACACCAAAACCAUCCUGAAGCAAAUACCCAUAGUGGAAAGCUUCAGUGAGAAUGACUAGCUUGUUAAUCUUUGAAAUAACUCAGAGCAGGGGAUGUAGUGAAAGGUUUGGGGCUUAGUAGCAUCAUCUAGGCCGUGCCUAUGUACGUGAAUGGAUACAUGUGUUUAAUACUCUAUGUAUGUAAGUAGUGCAUUGCAUAGGUUUAGUUCUAUUUGUACCUGUAGAACUCUAAAAUUUCAAAGUUUCUCUUAUGAUAUUUUCAUUGCUUUUUUUUAUGGUUUGCCAUUAUUCAUAUUCAUUUGGUUGAAAUUCUCGUCUUUUCAGAAAAAUAUUUUGUCUUUUUUUUUUGUCUUAACUCUUAGAAUGUUCUCCCAUGAAAUGUGUUUCAGUGCACAGUGUUGAAUCACCCUUGAGAAAGCAACUCAAAGGUAAAAGUGUUCAGAGUGGAAAGAGGGAAGGUAAGCUGUGAAUUUAAAUGCCACUGCAGUGCUGUGCUUGUGUUUAGUAUACAGAAAAUAAUGCAGUGUCUUUCUCUUGUCCAGAGAGAAAAUGGCCUUGAAAAAUAAUUUCCACUUGUGUAUUAGACACAUUUCCCACUUCUCUUCCAUGUAACAAACAGUGUCAUUAAACAGGAUUUUCUGUUUAAUGGAAAGGACAGUAACUGUUUUCCCCACAACCUCUGUUUUUUUUCCUCCUUUUCUAAGGUAAAUUCUUUCCCCCAAAGGUUAGAUGCUCAGGACUCAAGAAUUCUUGAGCAUGGGUAUAUGUAGAGGAAUGGCUCAAGUUCAGUCUCAGUUUCCACACACAAACCUGAAUUGGUUUUAUGACUUUUUUUUUCAUUUCCAUGUCUGGAGCCAACUGACAUGGUAUAUGGGAGGCAGGCACCGGAGGGAUUUACAAGCAGAGGUCCUUCAGGAGUGAGAUGGCCCUGUGGGGAGACUGUAGAGCUCUAGUGCUUAUGGUCUUGGCUUGCUGUGGAAACAAAUUAACAGCAGCCUUUUCUUACGGGCUUAAGCAACCUAUCCUGAAGCACACUGGAGAAGCAAUCAUUGUAAAGCAAUGUGUAAUACUGGGGCAGAUUCCACUCUUGGUGGGAGCUCAAGCAAUGCAGUUAUGCUGUCCUGCACAAAGCAGGACCUGGCUCGUUAAUCACUCCUUGCAACUCACCAGGCAGACAGUUGUUACUGACACAUAGCAGGUAGUUGUUCUGUAUUCUACAGGUAGGUUAAACUCAGGUACGUAGCUGAAUUUGUGGCAAAGGUGGGCACAGGAGUGAGCACCAGGCCCUGGCGCCCCCUUGCCUUACUUUCGGGUUCUGCUCAGUCUUUUGUAAGAGCUAUAUAAUACAGCCUCAGAGCUGGCCUUAACAUUUUUCUGUUGCAGUUUUUAAAAUGUUUUAUACUUUAAAACGUACUAUUGAAAAGUUUGCAGUGGUUUCGUUAGACUUUUAUGUUUCCUGUUUAAGUACCCUAAAGCUACACUAGUGAAACUAAAUCAUUGUGUCCAGUGUAAAUCACGUGGCACGUAGACCUCAGGCAAGCCUUCGAUGGGGGACUGCAUUUCACCAUGUGUGUUCAAAGUCACCAGGGUGUGUGCAAACCAAACGUUUGCCUGUGGCGUCUGAAAAACAUUGCCUUGCAUUGCUAAGAAGUAGGAAAAGAGUGGACAUAGCUUGCUGCUUCUGUCUGUGUCAGUCACUGUCAUAUGUGUACAUAUAUACAUAUAUAUAUAAAAGAUACUCUUUCAGGCUGUAUAUAUUCAUGUAACUUUUGCAUUAAGAUAAUCCAUUUGGACUUUACAAAAAAAAAAAAAGGAAAAAAAAAAAGGAAGAAGCAUUCUAAAUGGUGUGACAUUUUCCCUUCCAGCUAAGGGUGUAUUUAUCUUUGUACAGGAAUCUUUUAGUUUUUAAGAAUGCAAGUUAUAAAAGGAGAUUGUGCCUUUCUGAUUGAAUGUUGAUUUGCUGGGCUGUUGACUACAUUCCUGGGUGUUGUUACAUAUCAUUGCCUAGAGAUCCAAAAAGAGAGCCAAGUCUUGUCUUCCUCUCUGUUGUUACUUUUGGGGACCAUUGACCUUGGAGGAGUACAGGAGUUAGUACCUUGUUCCAAAAAGGGCAUGCUAAAACUUGAAGGAAGGUUUUCAUCUUACUCCAGUUUUCUGGUAUGUAGAACAGAUUUGCUAGCAGGUUGCUUUGGAAAUUGCUGUAGUAUCAUACAGAAAUUGUUUAUAACGUGUCACUUUUGGUAGUGUUAAUACAUCUCUAUACUGCAUUAUUCAGUGGAAUCUUUGGAGAAGCAUGGUAGCAACAACCACGCUGAUUAAAUUAAAUAUUUCAUUGAAAAUCCUGCAGUUCCUUGAUCUUCGCCUUGUAAGGCUGAAGCUAAAUGUUCAUGAAAUACCAUGUAGUAGGAUUUCUUUUUGUAGCCAGUAAACUUGGAAUUAAUCAUUCUGUUGUUUGCAAUUGCUCUUAACCUUUUAGUUUGAAGUGAGUCUUCCAGGAGCUUUUCUUUGUACUUAAUAUUUAAACGAAUGGUUUUUCAAAGAUCUAUUCUUAAACAAGUAAAACAGAUUAAAGUUUUCCUCCAGAGCCAAACGGUGAAUCCAUAUCUGUGUUGAAUAGUGACCACUGGAAUGAGCAGUUCCACUCAGAGCAGGGAUUAAUAUAUUUGAUUUGUUUCAACAAAACAAUUUGAAGAAAUGACUGACUACUUGAGGUAAAUGAAAGAAUUACGUUUAGCCUGUUAGAAAUAAGAUUUGGGUUAUUUAAAAAAAUGAAAUUAAACUUCAGAAGUUCUGAGUGUCUGUAACCUCUGCUGAAAUCAGAGUGCUGUGUAUUUUAAAAUUAGGCCAUUAGUGAGUCUGCUUGGUAGUAAUCUGAAGUUCCUUGUAAGGCAAAUUGCAAUUUACCUCUCUGGUGGUAUUGUGCUAAUGGAAAAUUGGCAGUAAUGUUUUUAAAAGAGAGCCUCUGAAUAAUUUUCUCUGCUCUUGUCUGCAGUGACAUACAUGACAACACUGACUGCAAUGUGAUUUUUAAAUAACUCUGCAUUCGUUCUUCUUCUCCUUUUAAGUCAAAUCAGUUUUAUUUACACCACUUCACUUUGAUACAGCUAAUAGGGCCCUUGUGAUAGAUUUAGAAGUUCGGUGGAGGAAAGAGAUGACUCUCAUUUUAAUUAAUGCUGCAGCUUGUUAAUCUUGUGCGUUUUACUUUUUAGACAUCUUAGAGAAGACAAAUGGUUUUAGUAGAUAAGAAAAACUAUUAAUGAUGAAAAGGAUAGAGGGAUACUGAUUCUGAAUUUAAUUUUUAAUGAAUAUUUAAAAAUGUCUAAAUGAAGGAGGAAUUUAAUGCUGUAUUUUUAAAGUGGUGAUCAAAUGGCAAGUACUGUUUUUAACUGUUGCUCAUUGGAAGCUGUUUUGCAUAUAAUACCUGGAACUAAAAUAGUAAGACAAGUGCUCUUCUUGCAGUUCGUACUAGAUCUGAAAUAUAUUGUAUUAGCACAAGGCUGUAACUCACUCGUGGACUAAAAUAUGUGACUGCAGAAAGAAUUUCAAUACCAUGCUGGAUUCUGCUUGAAUGUAUCCAAGUACAGGAUUGUGGCCUUCAUUUGUUCUUUUUUUUUUUUUUUAAACUGGUUUGAGUUUUUUUCAACUUGAAAUUGAGAUGUUAUGUAAGAGCUUUAAGGGAGGUUGUAUGUUGAAACCCAACCUUGUCUUAAACUUUUGUAAACUGGAAAUCUUUGAAAAUGUAUUCUGUAUUCCUAAAUAAAGUUGGUGUUUUAAUACUGUU